UCACCUGCCAUUCGACGACCUCCUCCUUUGGGACGACCACCUCCAAUGGCGAUUUCCGGUUCGGAAUGGAAGUCAGCGGAAUGGAAGGGAGCGUGGAAGCCAGUGCACUAUGAGAUAGCCUUUCCGUUACUACUCUUCAAAGACGAUAGCGAUGAUGACUAUGAAGAAUUUUUUACUGCACGAGAAAACUUUGAACAGGACAUUCUCUCUAGACGGGAGGAACCUCGGCGUCACGGUCGAAGCAAAUCGAGGACACGCACCGUUUCCACAGGUGCUCAAGUUGUCGUCAAGGAACCGCGCUCGAAAUCAGCCGUUCGUGACAAGUCCAAGUGUAUCUGGCGCUCAAAAUCUGCAGGCCUUUUAGAAACGCCGAGAACUACUAUUGUUUAA